UAAGUUCCCAGACUGUCACUGUCACCAGGGAAAGCCUCUUGCUGGGCUUCUGGGUCCAAGGGAACAUCUCACCUUCCACACAACUGUGUCCUUUAUGCUUUUCCUGCCCCCCCCCUCCAACAGGCCCCAGACAGCAGACCUGAGGAACAGCAGCAGCACAGUGACCGAGUUCAUCCUCGUGGGCUUCGAGCAGAGUUCCCCUUCCACACGAGCUUUGCUCUUCAGCCUCUUCCUGGCUCUCUACAGCCUCGCCAUGGCCAUGAAUGGCCUCAUCAUCUUCAUCACCUGGACUGACCCCAGGCUCAACAGCCCCAUGUACUUCUUCCUUGGACACCUGUCUUUCCUGGACAUCUGCUUCAUCACCACCACCAUCCCACAGAUGUUGAUCCAUCUGGUGACCAAGGACCACACGGUAUCCUUUGCCUCCUGUAUGACCCAGAUGUACUUGGUCUUUCUAGUGGGUGUGGCCGAGUGCAUCCUCUUGGCUUUCAUGGCCUAUGACCGUUAUGUUGCAAUCUGCCACCCACUGAACUAUGCCCAGAUCAUGAGCCAGCAGGUGUGUGUCAGGCUGGUGUGUUCUUCCUGGAUCUUUGGGAUGGUCAAUGGCAUCUUUCUUGAGUACAUGUCAUUCCGGAAUCCCUUCUGCAAAGACAACCACAUAGAAAACUUCUUCUGUGAGGCCCCCAUAGUGAUUGCCCUCUCCUGUGGGGACCCUCAGUUCAGCAUGAAGUUGAUCUUUCUUGAUGCCAUUGUGGUGCUGCUCAGCCCCAUGGUGCUCAUUGUCACCUCCUAUGCCCGCAUCCUGACCUCCAUCCUCAGCAGAGCCUCCUCCUCAGGCAGGGGGAAGACCUUCUCCACUUGUGCCUCUCACCUGACUGUGGUCAUCUUUUUCUACACCUCAGCCAUGUUCUCUUACAUGAACCCCCGCAGUACACAUGGACCUGACAAAGACAAGCCUUUCUCUCUCCUCUACACCAUCAUCACCCCCAUGUGCAACCCCAUCAUCUACAGCUUCCGCAACAAGGAAAUGAAGGGGGCCAUGGGGAGGGCCCUUGGGAGAGGCAACCUGGCCCAGGCAGAGUCUGUCUAG